UGCAGCGUUGCGGUUCUGCCAAUCACAGUCAGACCGACCCCUGCAACGACGCAAAGCGCUGGGAAGAGUGCGGACCCGGACCCGGACCCGAGGAGGAAAUCCUGUCACUCUCCGCUUCCCGUUCCGAAGUGGGCAUCCGCCGAGGUGGCUUGGGACCCCCUCGCCCUUCGCUCGCGUCCGCUGCCCGUUCCGGGUCGGGAAAGGCCAAAUCAAUUCAGAAUUGGGCUCGUGCUUUGGUUCAGGGGAGUCCAAACUACGGCCUCGGACCCAUCCGUGGGGCCGCUUUACGCUCCGUGUUGAGAAAAAAAAACCCCAAAACAAUAGAUGGGGGUAGCAAAAUUCACAACAAAGUGUGAAAGGACACAUGACUUGUGUGUAUUGUCGCUUCUAGUUGAAGCUUCAAAUCAAAAGAAAUGACAGGAUGUGUCUUAAGAAAGUCCCAAAUGCCAACGCCGAAUAGGGAACGCCAUAGAUGGGCGACCAAAAUGAGCAGUGAUAUCACUGCACUUUGAAACUUUAAACACGUUAUAUUUGAACAGCAGUGGUGCAGCAAUGCACGUAGACAGCACACAACAAUGUUCACAAGCAUAUUUGCUCACGUCAUGAAAAGUAACAAUUUUCAGGAAAAGAAUCAAACGAAAAACAAAAACAACAAAUAAUGUUUGUCGCUCUAUUAACGUUGCAUUGCCAUUUUCAAUACUUUGGUGAGUUAUUUGUAAGAAUAGCAGACUCGAGUGGGGACUGACAAAAACACCUCCACAAACACACUUCAUGGCACCACUCAGUGGCUUUGUUGUGCGGUGCUGAACGUUUGGGUCGUGACCAAAAGUGAGCGGCCGCAAAUUUGCAGUGUGCUUUUUCAAGAACUUAUCCGUCCAUUAUGUGAGCCGCUCGUCCUCACAGGGGUCUGGAGAGCGCCUCCCCCGUCCGCUUUCGGGCAGACGGUCGCCAGUCGAUCGCAGGGCAACAGGGAGACAAACGAGCAGUCGCACCAACGAUCGCGCCUACCGUUUUGGGGAUGUGGGAGGAAAGCGGCGCACCCAACGGCAGAACAUGCAAACUCCACAGAGGCGGGGCGGGGCGGGGAUUCGAACCCCGGUCCUCAGAACCAGUUGCUCAGUGUGCCGCCUCAUCCGCCAUCAUUCGCUGAGGAUUUCCCACAGCUGCGCUUUUCGGACUCGAGCAAAAACGCGUCUAGGAUGAAAAAUGUGGAAUUCACCUUUACCAUCCAGUCUUGUGGCAUCUCGGGGCCGAGAAACUACGUUGAAGUGAGCGGGGGAGCUUCAUUUCGUCAGACCGUAGCCUCGUCUGAGACAAAAAAAGCGAUUUUCCGUCAAAGCACGUCACGCCGCGACGUCGUAGCUGUCGCACGUCGUCCGGUCUGGCCGACUCCGACCGCCGCGCGCUCAAAGUCUCGAGUCGAAAGCCGAGCGCCGGUCCGAACUCCCCAGCGCUGCUUUCACCGCGCCUGCUUCUGUCCUUUUCACGGCCACGGCUUUCGUGACCGGAGCGAGUCUGGCCAAAAACCGAUUCUUUUCCACCGCCCUGAGAUCUUGACUCACUCCCGAGCCGGAAAGGCGGAUCUUUUAUUUCCAGGGCGGCGCCGGUGACCACGCCUGCCUCGCAGUUCUGAGGUUCAGGGUUGGAACCCUCCCUUGCUGAGCCCCAUCCGGAAUCGCCAGGUCGAGCUCGCCGGCAGCACAACAAGCUGACGUCACGUCGUUUGGAGAAAUUCUUGAACGCGGCCCGUUCAGCUGUUCGGGCUUGACCAAUACGAAAAUGCACAGGAAACGGACCCCCGCAUGAGCAGGAAGGCAAUAAUGGAAAGCAGGCCCGUUUGUGUGCGUGUUCCAUUGCCAGAUUUCCUCACCUGACGAGAUUCUGCUCCACGGGUGGCGCCGAGGCCCCCGACCCAAACCCUGGACCGGCGGUCAGCUCGUCUGCCUCGCGGUUCGAAACUCUUAAGAGCUAUUUUUGCCUUUAGUUGUACCAGGGGCGGCACGGUGGAUGCGCCGGUCAGUUCUGAGGUCCUGGGUUCGAUCCCGGACCCACCUGUGUGGAGUUUGCAUGUUCUCCCGGUGCCUGCGUGGCUUUUCUCCAGGUGAGCACUCCGGUUUCCUCCCACAUCCCCAAAACAUGCAACUUUAAUCGGACACUCGAAAUUGCGAGUGCCGCUGUUUGUCUCUAUACGCCCUGCGAUUGGCUGGCGACCAGUUCAAAGUGGACCCCGCCUCCUGCCCCGUGACAGCUGGGAUAGGCUCCAGCACUCCCCGCGAGCCUUGUGAGGAUAAGCGGCAAAGCAAAUGGAUGGAUGGAUAGUUGUACCACACAAUAGAUAGCAAACCCCCCUUCAUUUAGUCCAAGAUCCAAAAGUUCCAUAUUUUCAUAAUUCUAACCAAUCCAGCAGCAAAUUGUUGGGCUCAUAUUUGCGGCAACUUUCCAAAAGAUAACAAUCCUUUGAAUUUUAAUAUUUCACCAUUUCUCAAGAAGAUGCAGCGCUGUGCAUGUCUAGCAAUGCCAAAAAGAAAAUGAUUUGAUCAUCAUGAAUUAUUAUUCAUUCCUCGGGAAAGUUUCCAAUGUGUAAUAUUUCCAAAUGUGAAUUUCCCGGUGAAAUUCACUCGCGGGUGGGUUUCCCUUCUCGUCGUCCACUUGUUGAGAAGCGGGCGCCCCUCGCAGUCCCUGAACGCAGCACUCCCCAAAAACAUCCCCUUCUAUCAGAGACCUCGCGAGACUUCACAAGAGGCGCAGAAGUCUCGUCCGUUUCAGUUUGGUCAGCAGGAAUGCCAAAAUGUCGCAUUUAAAGCGCGGAAAUUCGGGAGUUUCUUGGCAAUCGUGUGUCACGUGGGAUUCCAUCGACGAGGAGCGCUCGCGGUUCGUGUGCUUGAGGCGGAUCUCCUCAGAAAAACAAUUUCCGGUUUGGCCUUUCACAACAAAAACCCAAAAGGUAUUCGCUUAGCCGAGGUCGCCUCUUCAUCUUACAUCCUCACGCUUCCGGUUUGGACGCCUCGGUUGCCGGUUACCGUUGGAGAAGAAGAGGAGGCGGCACACUCUGCGACCGGACCGAGCGACGGGGAGGUGGGGGGGGUGUCGGUGUCGGUGUCGGUCGGAGCCCACAUGGCGAGCGCAGACCCCCAAACCAGACGCGAGCUGCCGCGCGCCGACUGCGGGAAUUAGGACGCGCAAUUCCAGCCGCUCAACUUUUUGUCUGCGGGGGAUUUGCAGUCGGCGAGCAUGGACGACGAGAACCAAGCACCUGACGACCUGUCGCCGGAGGAACGAGAUGAGCUGUGCAACAUCCGCCGCCGGAAAAAGGAGCUCCUGGAUGAUAUUGAACGGCUGAAGUUCGAGAUAGCGGAAGUCAUGACGGAAAUCGAGCAGUUAACAUGCGUCGGGGAGAGCAAAACCACACAAAGAAACAAACAGAUCGCCAUGGGGAGGAAGAAGUUCAACAUGGACCCCAAAAAGGGGAUCCAGUUCCUUCUGGAAAACGAUCUGCUGCAGAACACACCGGAAGACAUCGCGCAGUUCCUGUGCAAAGGCGAGGGCCUGAACAAGACCGUCAUCGGGGACUACUUGGGCGAGCGGGACGACUUCAACAUCAAAGUGCUGCAGGCCUUUGUGGAGCUGCACGAGUUCGCCGACCUCAACCUGGUACAAGCCUUAAGGCAGUUCCUGUGGAGCUUCCGACUUCCCGGCGAAGCUCAGAAGAUCGAUCGCAUGAUGGAGGCCUUCGCCUCCAGGUACUGCCAGUGCAACGCCGGCGUCUUCCAGUCCACAGACACCUGCUACGUGCUCUCCUUCGCCAUCAUCAUGCUGAACACCAGCCUGCACAACCCCAACGUCCGAGACAAGCCGCCGGCGGAGCGCUUCAUCUCCAUGAACCGGGGCAUCAACGAGGGCGGCGACCUCCCGGAGGAGCUGCUCAGGAAUCUGUACGACAGCAUCAAGAGCGAGCCCUUCAAGAUCCCGGAGGACGACGGGAACGACCUGACGCACACGUUCUUCAACCCGGACCGCGAGGGCUGGCUGCUCAAAUUGGGCGGCCGAGUGAAAACCUGGAAGCGGCGCUGGUUCAUCCUGACGGACAACUGCCUCUACUACUUUGAGUACACAACGGACAAGGAGCCUCGCGGGAUCAUUCCCCUGGAGAACCUCAGUAUCAGGGAGGUGGACGAGCCCAGGAAGCCGAACUGCUUCGAGCUGUACAACCCCAACCACAAAGGUCAGCUGAUCAAGGCCUGCAAGACGGAGGCGGACGGCCGCGUGGUGGAGGGCAACCACGUCGUCUACCGCAUUUCGGCGCCCACGCCCGAGGAGAAGGGCGAGUGGAUCAAAUCCAUCAAGGCCAGCAUCAGCAGAGACCCCUUCUACGACAUGCUCGCCACCAGGAAGAGACGCAUCGCCAACAAGAAGUGAGGACGAGGCGGGCGGAUCCGCUUCAGCAAAAACUGCAAGGUGUUUUUUUUUUUUUUUUGGGAUGGGGGGGCCGAGUGGGCCUGCGCCCCUGGGUGGGGGGGCGCGCACACACACACCCGCCUCGUCCUCCCUCGCCUCAUCCUGCGCACCGUCCUCGCGUGGGCCGUCGUCCACACCGGCGUCCGGCGUUGAUCUCAACGAGCCGGAAAAAUGGAAAAACAUAAACGACAGCCGUCAGUCAGCUUGGCUGAUAUGAUUCGAUAGCGGAAGGGUGGGGGCUGCGGCCCCCGCAAAGAGCCACAACUGAAAAGGACAAAAAAAGUGAGAUGCUAAGCGUCAUUUUCACUUGGGGGUGGGGGGGGGGGGCGAGGAAAAAGCAUCUGACAUCAAAGGAAUUUUUUUUUUUUUUUUGAUGAGUAUUUUACUAAGAUAUAAUCAAAGCAAUGAAUCUAGCAAAAUAUGCUCAUUAUAAAGUCAUUAUUUUAUGUUGCUAAAGUUCCAAUAUUAUAAGAAAAGAGUUUAAAUUUGUAUUUUUAACAAGGGUACAUUUCAUUUUACCAGAAAAAAAGUUGCAAUUUUUAAUGAGGGGGGGGGGGACUUUAUUUUGAGUAAGUAAGUGAGGAGGAAAAAAAGGUCAUAUAACGAGAAUUUUUUUGAGAACGUCAUUGUUAUAUUGAGUUAAGAUAUGUCGUUUGAAUCCAUAUCGUAAAAUUGAAGUUUUAAUAUUGGGAGGCUGAUGUGCUGAUAUUUAAUUUAUGAGAUGAAAAGCAGUAGUUUUUUGUAAUAUUGGGGGAAAAGUUGAGUACAAAAAUACAACACCCGCAAAAUUUAGCGGGAAUUUUUGGGGGUUAUUUUCAAGAAUAAAAAGACCAAACAUCAACUUGGGGAUGUGGUCAACUUCUAUUUACUAUGAGAUAGUUAUCAUUUUAGCACAUCAUUUUUGUACAUAAACCUUUUUAUUUGAUUGAGAUUUUUUUUUUUGUCUGAAAAAAAAAAAAAAAAAACUUUCUGUACACUUUUCAACUCCACUUUCUCCUAAAUUCGUCUUUCUUCUUUCUUGUCUUCUGCUCGUUUUCGUUUCUUCCCCUCCAAACGUUUCCGAAGUUUUUUGUUGGCUUAUUUAAUAUUCGACCCCCCCCCCCACGUCGUUGUCGUCGUCGUGACGCGUUUCGUUUUGUAAUUUUCCGAUCUUUGCUUGCUAUUUGUGUUCCUCCUAUCAAAUAUAACCCGAUUGAUCUUAUUUAUUUCAUCCCGUGAAACUGUUUGAUGCCACCUUUCCGUGUUCCACAAUGUAUGCUCAAGUUAUCUGUUUAUGUAUUGUAUAUCUUUUUUUGUGUUGUUGUUAUUUGCUUCACUUUGGGCUUGGUUGUCUUUACAAAACGCCUUAAAAACAUAAAUCAUACACAACAUAUAUUGGGUCCAAACUGUGACUUUUUUUUUUUUUUUCAAGCCAUGACUGACGUGAGUGGGACAUGCAUUUGUGAUAUUUAAGAAAAUGGUGCUUGAUGUGACACUAAUGAUGCUUUUUGUCAUGAUGAUGAUGAUGGUAACGUCUUGGACAAAAGUAAAAAGAAUAAAGUCAA